AUGCAUACCGCAGCGAAGAGAAGAGUCCCCCGAAACGGUACCCAACCCCCAGUGCAGAUCCCGAAAGACCACUGCCAGUGUUCCGCUUUAAUCGGGAUACUCGACGCGAAAAUAGAGCGUCUUUCGAAGGCACUGGAGGACUCAGGCGCUAAGAAUGCAGCGACCUGGGCGAAAGUCGACAAGGAACAUUCCUCGCUGAACCAAUACCUCGCGAUGUCCAUACCGGGUCCCAUGGCUGAGAAGAAAGUCAUACAACUUUCUGACGCGGCUAUAAAAACCGCCACAGCGUCGCUAGUGGAAAGACGCCUAAGGGAAAACAGGCUGAUAAUCUGGGGGUCGUUCUCCGGAAAAAUCACGCCAGCGAAGCUGGCACAGUCGAUCCUCAGCAAGCCUGAUCAAUCACUCCACGCAGAAUGGCUACGCCAAGAGGGAAGUAAGCGAACCCUUGGACUUCUAGUUACUCUUUCUUCCCCGUCCGACGUACAGGCAAUCUUGGAGCGGGCUGGCAGCAUUCAAAAGGCCAUCCCAAAGAACAAAACCGACCCGGGAAACUUGGGCAAAUGCCUCGAUCCGCUCCAGACUAUUGCUGUAUUUGCUUCACACGCCCCGUACAACUGUUAUACAUCCAAUCUGGCUGGUAAUGGUCGACACCCACAUAGUGGCCGAAAUAAUCUGCGACUCUAUGUCCUCCUUACUAUCUAUGUCAAUUUCCUCGUACAACCCAGAUCCAGCUGCUACGGUAAUGCGUAUACCCUCACCGAUUGUAACGACUUUGACGGCCGUUGCGGGGCCGUCUUGAAGCCAAAAUAUAUCAGUGCAAUGAAGGCGUGGCGAUGCCUCACCCUGGCUGAUGGCACACUCGCGAGUAUUCUCUUCCUACCUGCCACCCACUCGGGCCCGUAA